CAUUGUCAAUCAGUUCAUUAUCAAGGACGAGCAAAAUGGCUGAAACUAAUUCAGGUACAAUUUAGUUUGCAAUUUAUGUUUAAUUCAAGAAAACUGAAUCGCAUUGCAUUAUUGUUGAAAUUUAUUUCUAACUGUAAACUUCAAUAUUCAAAAAAGGCUCUAUCAUUUCGACACUUGCAUCAGAUCCGGAUCCUUAACGUACCAUGUAUUAACUUUAUUGACUUUUCAGAGCGGCUGAAUGAUUUAGAGUACGUUGAAAUGAAUUUGACUUUGAAGUGCUCAUUGGUACAAAUGUUAUGUACGUGUUUUGUUCGAGUUACUUCCUCUAGGUUGAUUUUCGUGUUCAACUAAUCAGUUAGAAAACUCUUUUCAAACGAAGAAGUAAAACACAUAGAGAAUGCGUUGACAGAGGGACCUUUUCAAGACUAUACAUACGGUGUUGCUGAUGGUGAAGGAGGUGAGGCUCAUAUGAUACUAUGGCAACAUCCCGGAAAUGAUGUCACUGGUAUGGUGGGAAGAUGCGAAAAAGUAGCUGGAACUUGUGACAUGCUUUUGGAAGGCGAGGUAUACCACUACCACACAAAGCUCAUGAAGAAGCCAGCUAAGAUUGGAGGCAAGCAUAUCUGGCAUCAAGAUUACGGAUAUUGGUAUAACUACGGCAACUUGUUUCCCAACAUGAUGACUGUGUUCAUAGCUGUAGACAAAUGCACGAAAGAAAACAGCUGUCUGCAGGUGUUGCCAGGCUCACACAAGUGCGGCCGUAUUGAGCACGUGAAAAUUGCCGCGCAACAAGGGGCAGAUAUGGACAGGGUGGCGGAAAUACGAAAACAUUGCCCGCUGGAAUAUGUCGAAAUGGAACCAGGAGAUGCACUUUUCUUCCAUUGCAACCUCCUUCACUGCAGUAGCGCCAACACAAGUGGGAACAGGAGAUGGGCUUUUCUGUGUGCGUACAAUAGAGCUGACAAUGACCCGAUAAAGGAUCAUCAUCAUCCUCAUUAUACCAAGCUGGAAAAGGUGCCAAAUUCUGCAGUCCUCGAAUGCACUAACUUAACAGAUAUGACAGGAAAACAGUUCUAUGGUGAAAAUCUGGAAAACAUUCCAGGAAGACGAAAAAUUCCACGAGAUGAGCAAUAAAUAGGGAAUAUUCGAUAACGUCCGGUGUAAGAUCGAACAAUAUUUCACCGUGUGAUCAAAGAAAGCGGUAUUGUUCAUUUAAGUUAUUUUUCAGAAAUUCAAUGUGGACAAGUAGUGCAAAAACAUGAUGUACCACCGAAAAGCAUAAACUUUACGCAUAAUGGCUUUUGACUUCGACUGGUAAUCUUCAUUACCUUGUGGCUGACCGUGAAUGAGAUAUUACUUAAACAUUGGUUUUGUACUCUCCAAUGUUAGUUAGAAAUAACAAAUGCAAGUACAAUAUACCCAAGUUUUAUAUAUCAAAAUAUUUUGUUUGAGUAACAAUAAAAAUAGCAUGUAUUGCCGAAACUAAAACAUAACUUAAGCUGAGAUAAACAAUGAACAUGUCAGUUGGACUUAUAUUUUAUUGGUAUGCCUACAUUUUUAUGAUAUGUUAUAACUGUAAUAUGUUACAUUUCAUUUGAUCUUUUUGCAGAUGUAUGUUUGGCAUAUGUAUGUUUUUGUCAUAUAAAAAACAUUUGUUUA